UGUGUGGUUUUCGGGAAAGAUUCAGUAUUGAGUUAACAAAAAUAAUGUAAAUAUAGCGCGUCCGUAUCAAUGCGCAGAAGGGAGAGCGCAGCAGCUGUGUAUGAAGCGCUUGGUCACAUCUGUGUGUUUGUGUAAGACUAGUUUACUCUUCCUUUAACAACCAUGAAGUUUCAAUACAAAGAAGAGCAUCCCUUUGAGAAGAGGCGAUCGGAGGGUGAGAAAAUCCGGAAGAAAUAUCCAGACAGGGUUCCUGUAAUUGUGGAAAAAGCUCCUAAAGCCAGAAUAGGUGACCUAGACAAGAAGAAAUACCUGGUCCCCUCUGACCUGACGGUGGGCCAGUUUUACUUUCUCAUCCGAAAGCGAAUCCACCUGAGAGCCGAGGAUGCUCUGUUCUUCUUCGUGAACAACGUCAUUCCCCCGACCUCCGCCACCAUGGGCCAGCUGUACCAGGAACAUCACGAAGAAGAUUUCUUCCUUUACAUCGCCUACAGUGACGAGAGUGUGUAUGGAGAAUAGAGCCUCAUCUCCUCUCCUUCUUCCUUUUAAAACAAUAUAUAGACGUCAUGCUGGCAGCCUAGCGCUCUCAGAACUGAAGUAUCAGAUGCACUUUUGCUUAAAAUUUAUCAUAUCUCCUUUUGUGUUUUUAUCAUUCGGCCUGACAUUACAUUCUGAUGUUUAUUAAGAAUUUACUAAGAAGCCGUAUUUCAUGGUUCUUACAAAGCUCUAAUAGAAUGAAAAUGCCACUGAUGCUGUUACAAUUCAAAUUGAUUUCCCCUUGAAUGCAGUUGUGCAUCCAUUAAUAAUAAUAAUAAUAAUACGCCUAGUCAAGCUCAUUUCAAACAUUUCUGAUUAUAAGUGAGCGUUUGCUCUUCUAGAUGGUUUCUAACUAGCAUGUGCAGUCCAGCACUCGCUGGUCGGACGAGAAAUGGGACUACAGUGUAUUCUGUUAUCAGCUAAGUCUAAUAUGCUGUUGUUACCUUGAUUUGCUUUUAUUAUUGUACCUAAAUGAAUGUAGAUGGGUCGAUUUAUUUUAAGUUGUAUAUCUGAAGUGCAAGUUUUAUUUGCAGUUUUGUUUGUUUUUUAAAUCUUGGUAUUCAGUUGUAUUUCUGGUACCCCUGACAAAUGACCGUAUAAACCAAAUGCACACCAA